GACGGCCGCAGAAUGGAACAGUAGAAGCAAUUCUCGCGAGAUGUAGAGUGGCCGUAGCCUGUGGAGAGGGGCGGAGGCCCAGAGGGGCACCACGUGGGGCUGCCGGAGCUGGAUCUCGGGCGGCGGUCCCGCUUGGGUCUAGGUUGAAGAUAGAACCGUGGAGAUGCGGAAGGAAACCCCGCCCCCCCUAGUGCCCCCGGCGGUCCGCGAGUGGAACCUUCCCCCUAAUGCGCCCGCUUGUAUGGAACGGCAGUUGGAGGCUGCGCGGUAUCGGUCCGAUGGGGCUCUCCUGCUCGGGGCCUCCAGCCUGAGUGGCCGCUGCUGGGCUGGCUCCCUCUGGCUGUUCAAAGACCCUUGUGCAGCCCCCAACGAAGGCUUCUGCUCCGCUGGAGUCCAGACGGAGGCCGGAGUGGCUGACCUCACUUGGGUUGGGGACAGAGGUAUCCUAGUGGCUUCCGAUUCAGGAGCUGUUGAAUUGUGGGAGCUGGAUGAGAACGAGACACUCAUUGUCAGCAAGUUCUGCAAGUAUGAGCAUGAUGACAUUGUGUCUACAGUUAGUGUCCUGAGCUCUGGCAUACAAGCUGUCAGUGGUGGCAAAGACUUCUGCAUCAAGGUUUGGGACCUUGCCCAGCAGAUGGUACUGAGUUCAUACCGGGCUCACUCCGGGCAGGUCACCUGUGUCACAGCCUCCCCGCACAAGGAUUCCGUGUUCCUUUCAUGCAGUGAGGACAACAGAAUUUUACUCUGGGAUACCCGCUGUCCCAAGCCAGCAUCACAGAUAGGCUGCACUGCCUCAGGCUACCUUCCUACCUCCCUGGCUUGGCAUCCUCAGCAGAGUGAAGUCUUUGUCUUUGGGAACGAGAGUGGAACUGUCUCCCUUGUGGACACCAAGAGUGCAAGGUGUGCCCUCAGCUCAGCUGUGCACUCCCAGUGUGUCACUGGGCUAGUGUUCUCCCCACACAGUACCCCGUUCCUGGCCUCUGUCAGUGAGGACUGCUCACUUGCUGUGCUGGACUCAGGCCUUUCUGAGGUGUUUAGAAGCCGAGCCCAUAGAGACUUUGUGAGAGAUGCUACUUGGUCCCCGCUCAAUCAUUCUCUCCUUACCACAGUGGGCUGGGACCAUCAGGUCAUCCACCACGUCCUGCCUACAGAGCCUCUCCCAGCCCUUGGACCUAAGAGUGUGGCCGAGUAGAGUGGAUUUAAGACAAAAAGCAAACCCCCCAUGAGUGUCCACUCCGUCUGUGAGACCACUCGGGAGCCUUAUACAGUAUGUUGGUACACCAGAUCUGGGCAGUUAAUAGGCACUGUCUCUCAACCUGAGGGAGGCUGGGUUUUGGGAUCCUGUAGUCAUAGGGAAGAAAAACUUUCUUAAAAUUGGAUAUGUAUGUGUGUCUUAGUGUGUGUGUAGAUACAUAGUUUUUGGUGGUGGGAGGGAAUUAAAAAAAUUCAUCUUACAUCUUUCUUUCCCAAGCCCUCCCCCCACCAAAAAAAAAAAAAAAGUUUACAAAAGGGUUUUAUGUAGCUGUGCAUGAGGGAUUGGCCAUGACUGGAUGAGGUGUGGGAUGUGGGCAUCCCUGGAUUCUUGGAAGCAGCUUAUAUACUACUCGUGGAGAUAGGAGCAACUUUAUUUUUUAUAGAACUUAAUCUGCCUUUCUUAUGGCAAUGCUUCCACUCACAAAAAUCCCGCCCAGCUCACCUCGAGGAAAAGCCAGGACACUCCUCGUGGUUUUGCAAAUCUCUUUGCCAUUAAACUGAGUCAAAAAUCCAUUUUCUGGCUGAAUAAAAUUUUGGCUGGUGCCUGCAUAACGCCCCCCCCCACCCGUCACCCCAUGGAAUUGUAUAUGUGAAAGAUGAGUGUUUUCCUGUCAUAGAUCCCGUGGAAAAAGGCUGGGGGAUGGUGGAGAGCAUAAAGGCAUUUCAGUUAAGUUAAAAGCUGACACAGACUCACAGAGAAAUGUCUGCCAUGUUUCUCACUGGAAAAUAGCUUGGGGCCUGACCUCUCCUGGCUUCUGGACUCCUUUCUCUGGAUAUAGGAAGUCUGAAUGCUGUUUUUGUGGACUCUGACGAUUUUAAAGUACAGCAUCAGAGAAUCAGAAAUACUAGUUGGAGAAAUAAAAACCUUAGGCUUUGUUGGCCUGUCUUUUGAAACGUGUGUUAUGUGUAGUUAGACACAUCUCACUUACGUGAGUCAUCAGGGUAUCAGUCAUAGCCCAGUAUUUUUGUGUAUGUGCUUCCCUAACCCCUUAGAGUAGCUAGUUGGGACUUAAACGUUAGGUUACUUGGGUUGGUGGACUGGUUACUGCGAGAAGUCAUGGUCAAUUACUGAUUAUGAAACUAAAUAUAAUAUAUUAUGUGCUUUGGUGCUUUGAAAGUUUAGCUCAGCUAAAAUCACAUGAAACUGGGGCAGUUUGAAGGAAUAUGGACAAAAUAUUUGUAAGAAAAGCUUCCAUGCUUCACCCUUGCCAAACAUGAGCCCUGUCAUCACAAUAACCAUGAAUAAAAACAUUGGAAUUUGUA